UGCCUAUUUAUAUAAAUAAGUUUUUGGCAUAUUUCUUGUGGAAAACAUAAGAUUUACAUGAAAAAACAUGAUUUCAUUAACUAAAAUUGUUUUUGUCUCAGUUUUGGCAUUGUCGGCAUUGAGUGUCUCUGCUGCGACAUUGAAUGGAGGUCUUCUAGGCGAUUUACUUAAAAACUUACUAAAACUUCUCGAUGGGGUUUUUAAGGGAGUCGAAGGUCUAACGUCAGAUCUUUUGGUUGAUCUCUUGGGAGUUAACCCUCUGACAGACGCCCUUCGAUCCCUAAUCGACGAUCUGGUCAAUGCGUUAUCAAAAGGUCUAAAACCAACGGUAGCACUGGUCGAAGGUCUUUUAAAGGCCUUAGGAUUGACCACCAUCCUCAAUUUACCUCCCAAUAAACUGAUGAAGUUAGCUGAACACGUGAACUUAACCCAAUGGAUGGAGGUUGAGUAUGAAAUUAAGCAGAUUCACGAAUCAUAAAUCUGUUAAAUUUAAAUAAAAUUUUAAUGAGUGUA